AUGAUGACUCAUUUAAUACAAUCUGCAAGUGUUGCUAAAAUUUUUCGUUUUAUUGACAAUGAUUACAAUCCAAGAUUGUUUCCACCAGUCAACGACUAUUUAACAUAUGAACUUCUAACUCUUGAACAAUGUUUGAAGCCGAUUGCAGCUCGAAUUGAUCGAUUAAAUGAAAUCAUUCAAAUAGCCCAGGACAAGUGUCAUCACCCUUGCCAACAUGGUCUGACGCAUGAUGAAUCAGCUGCUAUCUUUCUCUAUACAAUGGAAUGGGAUGAUAAUACUCUCUAUCAAGUGAUCAAUCGAGAUCUUCGUUCAGAAGAGCAGUCGAUUUCAAAGUCUUGGCUUCCCUAUUUGAAAUUAUUCUAUACUGCUUUAAAUAAAUUGCCCAAUGUUCAAAUGAAUGUGUGGCGAAGUAUUCAAGAAGAUAUGAUCAAGGAAUUAGACAACGACAAUGAAUUUAUUUGGUGGAAUAUCACUUCAUGUUCAUCGUCGAUUGAUGUUAUAAAAGAUUUUAUUGAAAUAAAUUCAAGAUUAUUAGUAAUUGAAACAACUGCUGGAAAAGAUAUAUCGAACUAUUCGAAUUUUCCAGAUCAACAUGAGAUUAUUAUUUGUUCAGGCACUCGAUUACGUUUCGUGAAAUAUGUUCAAGAUGCGGCAUCUUCGGUAGACAUACCAUAUUUGCAAGAGUUAACUGAUGAAAGUGAACGGAAAACAUCACUUCGUGUCAGAAUGAAUGAUUUAAUCAACAUUUCAUCAUCAAAAUGGUAUCAGAAAUGGUCACUUUUUUUAUUGAUACAUUUUAUCGUAUUGAUAUUAGCACUCUUUCUUUUUACUCCUUCAGCAAAACCAUUGACUACUUUUAUAUUAUCCAACGGACCUACAUCGUUUUCCUCAGCCAUGCAGCACAUGUUUUCGUUGAUAGAUAGUCUAAGUCAAGCAAUGAUCACUGACAAUCCAUCGGUUAUUCAUAUUCAUGUCGAUGAAAUUGGAAAUAGAUAUGAAGGAGAAUGGAAAGAUGGUAAGAAGCACGGCAAAGGUAAGAUGGAUUAUGCAAAUGGUUACAAAUAUAUUGGUGAUUGGGUUGGAGACGUAGCCACAGGUGAAGGCAUCUUCAUGUGGACCAAUGAUGACCAAUACGAAGGACAAUAUCAAAACGGUCAAAGACAUGGAAAAGGUUCGUAUACAUAUGCAAACGGUGACAAGUACACGGGCGGUUGGUUCGAAGAUAAGAAAUCAGGCCAAGGCAUUUUCAUCUGGGGAUCCACUAGUGCGUGGGUCAACAACAAAUAUGAAGGAGAAUUUCACAAUGAUCAGAUGCAUGGAUACGGCACAUACUCUUUUGCAAAUGGUGAUACGUACAUAGGCGGUUGGGUCAAUAAUCAACAGGAAGGUCAUGGUAUCUUCAAUUUUUCUAAUGGUGAUCGAUUUGAGGGAGGUUUCAAGGCUGGUAAAAUGCAUGGAGAAGGUUCUUAUUACUUUCAAAAUGGCAACAAAUUUAAAGGGGAAUGGAACGACGGCGAGAAAGUGGCUGAUCAUGGGGCUAUUACUUGGGCGUCGAAAAAUCGACCUACGAUGACAUAUUCAAAAAUCUAUGGAACUCAAAGCAAUGACAUCGUUAGUUACAUGCGAACUCGAUUGACAUAA